AUGGUCACCCAUGAUCAUGACCUUUUAUUCAACCCAUUCGCCGAUGAGGGCGAGGAGACCCCAACGGCUGCAUCUCACUCCUUUUACGGAGCCAUGAGAGCAGAGACAAGCAAGAGGCGAUCCUCCGUUACUGACGCGGAGGGCACCAGCGGCGUCGUCAGUAAAGCUCAUAGGCGCUCUCACACUGAUACCAAUAUUGGCCAACCAGGCUCUGCAACUCAUCCGCUCAAGUCUGCAGCGUUGAGGACCGUGUUUCACGACGUCGGCGUGACAAGACCACAUCUAUCCCGCAUUGUGAACACGGGGACGUUGGUGGACGCACCAGCGCUUGAUGCAGAUCAGGUAUCGAUCACUUCGUCUCCGACGACGGAAGCGGAGAAGGACGUUCUGAUUCAUGAGGUAACUUCCAAAGAAUCGUUGGCUGGGGUCUCUUUGAAAUAUGGAAUUCCACUUCCCGCCCUCAGAAAGGCAAAUCAUCUAUGGCCCUCGGACUCCAUCCACCUUCGCAAGGUGUUGUACAUACCCAUAGAGCACGCUACCCGUGCCCAGGAAUUUAUCAAUGAACCAAGUUUAAUCUCCCUCAGUUCAGAAUCAGAAGAUGACGGCGGUCAUGAUACUUCUAGUGAAACGUCGAUUCCUGUUCAAUCAAGCACUAUCCAUCGAAUACCCGCAUCCCAACUCUCAUUUUUUCCGCCCUCUUCCACCGCCAGCAAAAGCGGCUCCGACUCUGUUGAUAAUUCCCCGGAGACAAGUGGACAUCGUUCGUAUCCCAAUCAUCUCAGACCUUCUGCAAGCAACGGUCGAUAUGGAUCUCCUGCCAACAACUCCCUUACCUCUAUCCUAACGGCGCUCCCACUGGCAGCCUCUACUCGGGACGAGAUUAUAACACGGCUGUCGUUCGACAGUGUCAGCUCGAGCUACAGUGAUAGGUCUCGCGUCAAUUCAGACGACGAGGGCGGGCAUGAGCUCAAUGAAGUUGCCGAACGCAAACAUAAGCACGCUCAGGAAGAUGAUACAGUUACCAGUGCAUCACCAUCGAUGUCAACACCCAGGGUUUCUCACCAAACGACAGUUAUUCCGUUGAUCAGCAGGACGACCUCUCAACCUCCUUCCUCUCUUCGCCAGUUGCAACAUAACCGCCCCAUGUUAUCUACGUCCCCUCCGUCAUCGUAUGUUCCCCACAGCCAUAACCCCUACGUUCGGACCGUCCAAUUGGAACCAUCGCCUGGAAUGCAACUCCCGGCGUUGCGGGGUAGUGCCGUUGGACAUUCGUUGGGCCAAGCAACAAAACUGACUAUUUCCCGAAGUGUUUCGGCUGGGAAGGGUAAGAAGAGGCCUUCAGUAAUUGACUUAGACCCUGGACAUGAAAUGCAGACCAAGCUUCCCAGCUGA